AUGGACUACACUGGUGGAAAGCUAGAGGCGGAUCACCUUUGCGUUCUGGUUCACGGUCUAUGGGGGAAUCCGAGCCACAUGAGAAAUGUCGCCAAGGCCUUGCGAGCCAAGUUUCCUGCCGAGAAACUGUAUCUCCUCAUAGCCAAGAGCAACAGUGGGAGUUUCACCUCCGAUGGUAUUGAACUAGGGGGUGAGAGGGUAUGCGCUGAAAUCCAAGAGGAACUUCACGCAGUGAAGAGUAAAGGCGGAAAUUUUACCAAGCUGAGUAUCGUCGGUUAUUCUCUUGGUGGUCUCGUGGCCCGGUAUGCUCUUGGACUUUUAUAUGCUAAAGGGAUCCUUGAUGGGAUUGAAUGCAUGAGCUUCACCACCUUCGUGACACCUCACCUUGGGGUCCGCACUCCUCUCAAGGGGUGGCACAACCAUGUCUGGAAUGUGGUAGGUGCCCGGACAUUAUCCAUGUCUGGACGUCAACUCUUCAUGGUGGACCAGUUUCGGGACACUGGGCGGCCGCUUCUUUCCGUCAUGGCUGACCCAAAGUCGAUCUUUAUGAAAGGAUUGGGCAAGUUCCGGAGGCACACGGCCUACGCCAAUGUGGUUAACGACAAAUCUUCCGUGUACUACACCACUGGUAUCUCCAAGACCGAUCCGUUUGCCGACAUGGCCGCCGUUGAUGUCAACUACCUUGAUGGCUACGACGAGGUAAUCAUCGACCUCAGACGACCUAUCACGCCCAGGCCUCAGAUGAGGCCCCAGCUGACACUAUCUACCACAUCACUAGCAAUUUUCUCUUGGCGUAUCAAGCGUCAUGAGAAGGGGUUAACCGGCUUCCCGAUUGAGGAAUAUCGCAUGCCUUUGUGGAUAAUGGAAGCACGGGAGGAGGCGGAGCGGGCCUACGAAGCCUUGAAUAACACCCAUGAGAACGAGUAUCUCGGUGGCAGUUCCGAGGAUGAAGUGGAUGAUGAGGGAACGGACUUUGGGCCUGACGCCGAGGAGGUGAUGUCUAAAGAGAGGUUGCUCUCCAAGCGAGCCGAGCCGACGCUUGCGCUAUCACCCAGGCAGUUUACCAUGAUUGAUUCUCUGGACAGUUUGGGUUGGAGGAGGUAUCCUGUCUGGAUUCGUAAAGACGAUCACAGCCAUGCCGCCAUCAUUGUCAGAGUAGACAAGCCCAGCGCAACAGAGGGUUGGGUUGUGCUCUCCCACUGGUUGAAGGAAGAGUUCCUCGUGUGA